AUGAUGGUGCCGGGCGAGCAGGCGGAGGACGCCAUCGUGCAGGCGGACGUCGCCAACGGCAAGGACGGGGAGGAGGUGCGCGCCAUGGGCGUCGGGGGCGACGCCGACGCUGAGCAGCAGCAGCACGACGGCAAGUUCACCAUGAAGAACCUGCUCUGGCACGGCGGCUCCGUCUGGGACGCCUGGUUCAGCUGCGCCUCCAACCAGGUGGCGCAGGUGCUGCUGACGCUGCCGUACUCGUUCUCGCAGCUGGGCAUGGUCUCCGGCGUGCUGCUGCAGAUCUUCUACGGCCUCAUGGGCAGCUGGACCGCCUACCUCAUCAGCGUCCUCUACGUCGAGUACCGCGCCCGCAAGGAGAAGGAAGGCGUCAGCUUCAAGAACCACGUCAUCCAGUGGUUCGAAGUUCUGGACGGGCUCCUGGGCCCGUACUGGAAGGCCGCCGGGCUCGCGUUCAACUGCACGUUCCUGCUCUUCGGCACGGUCAUCCAGCUGAUCGCCUGCGCAAGCAACAUCUACUACAUCAACGACCGGCUGGACAAGCGGACGUGGACGUACAUCUUCGGCGCGUGCUGCGCCACCACCGUCUUCAUCCCCUCCUUCCACAACUACCGCGUCUGGUCCUUCCUCGGCCUCGGCAUGACCACCUACACCGCCUGGUACCUCACCAUCGCCGCGGCCGUCCACGGCCAGGUCGACGGCGUCACCCACUCGGGCCCCAACAAGCUCGUGCCCUACUUCACCGGCGCCACCAACAUCCUCUACACUUUCGGUGGCCACGCCAUCACUGUGGAGAUCAUGCACGCGAUGUGGAAGCCUCGCAAGUUCAAGUACAUCUACCUGCUGGCGACGCUGUACGUGUUCACGCUGACGCUGCCAUCGGCGGCGGCCAUGUACUGGGCGUUCGGCGACCAGCUGCUGACGCACUCCAACGCCUUCUCGCUGCUGCCGCGGACGCCGUGGCGCGACGCGGCGGUGGUCCUGAUGCUGAUCCACCAGUUCAUCACGUUCGGGUUCGCGUGCACCCCGCUCUACUUCGUGUGGGAGAAGGCGGUGGGCAUGCACGAGACGUCGAGCGUCUUCCUCCGCGCGCUGGUCCGCCUCCCCAUCGUCGUCCCCGUCUGGUUCCUCGCCAUCAUCUUCCCCUUCUUCGGGCCCAUCAACUCCGCCGUCGGCGCGCUCCUCGUCAGCUUUACCGUCUACAUCAUCCCCGCCCUCGCCCACAUGCUCACGUACCGCUCGGCGUCCGCCAGAUUGAAUGCAGCGGAGAAGCCGCCGUCCUUCCUGCCGAGCUGGUCGGGGAUGUUCGUGCUGAACACGUUCGUGGUGGCGUGGGUGCUGGUGGUCGGCUUCGGCCUCGGCGGCUGGGCCAGCGUGACCAACUUCAUCAAGCAGAUCGACACGUUCGGGCUCUUCGCCAAGUGCUACCAGUGCCCGACGAAGCCACACGCGGCCGGGUCGCCGUUGCCAGCGCCGGCGCCGCCGCAUCACUGA